GGCAGCCAAUCAUUUUUCUCUGGCUCACGUUAACCGGUUCACCUCGGCUUCAAACCGAAGCAACCACGCCACAACAUUUCUCCACGUAAACUAAAGCAGCAACUCUCGUUUAUUGAAAAUUAAUGGCUACCACUCACCUUACAACUCAAAUUCUCCGGCAAGCCCCUCCUGUUUGCGGAAGUUUCCGACGUGUUACCACCACCGGACUCUCUUCUAGUUCUCCUCUUACUAUAACCUUUAAGACAAGAAAAGAACCAAGUCCGAAGAACCAAAAGUUCAAGUGGGCACGUAAGUUAAGCUUAGUGGAGGAAAGCAGCCCGCCAAAACCAACUGUUGAUGUUGAAGGGUUAGCUACUUUCUUGUACGAUGAUCUUCCCCAUCUGUUUGAUGAUCAAGGGAUUGAUAGGACGGCAUAUGACGAACAAGUCAAGUUUAGGGACCCUAUAACAAAGCAUGAUACAAUUAGUGGUUAUUUGUUUAACAUUUCUUUGUUGAAAGUCCUCUUUAGGCCCCUGUUUCAAUUGCAUUGGGUCAAGCAGACAGGACCUUAUGAGAUAACAACAAGGUGGACUAUGGUGAUGAAGUUCAUGCCCUUGCCAUGGAAGCCUGAGCUGGUCUUUACUGGAACUUCUGUCAUGGGAAUUAACCCAAACAAUGGAAAAUUUUGUAGCCAUGUGGACUUUUGGGAUUCUAUAGAGAACAAUGAGUAUUUUUCACUAGAAGGUUUAUGGGAUGUGUUUAGGCAGUUGCGGGUUUAUAAGACUCCUGACUUGGAGACACCCAGAUAUCAGAUACUAAAGAGGACUGCAAAUUAUGAGGUAAGGAAAUAUGAACCAUUCAUAGUGGUAGAAACAAUUGGAGAGAAGCUAUCAGGAUCAAAUGGCUUUAAUGCUGUUGCUGGGUAUAUAUUUGGUAAGAAUUCAACAACAGAGAAGAUACCAAUGACUACUCCUGUGUUUACCCACGCACUUGAUCCCGAACUAUCCGAUGUAUCCAUCCAAAUUGUUCUACCAUCUGAGAAAGAUAUAAGCAGUCUGCCAGAUCCUAGUCAAGAAACAGUUAAGUUGAGAAAAGUGGAAGGAGGGGUUGCUGCAGCGUUGAAGUUCAGUGGAAAACCAACAGAGGAUGUUGUUCGUGAGAAAGAGAAAGCAUUGCGCUCUAAUCUUAUGAAAGAUGGUCUUAAACCAAGGAUAGGUUGUAUGCUUGCCCGUUACAAUGAUCCGGGACGAACAUGGAGCUUUACAAUGAGAAAUGAAGUGCUGAUUUGGCUUGAAGAGUUCUCUUUGGAUUAGCAACAAUACUCGCUGCCGAUCUGUCAGACCUGGAAGUGGUAAUUAAAGAACCGGCAUAGGCUGUACCGGAAACUUGCAAUGUAAUCAUUUUGUUCUUGACAAAGGUCAUGGAUAUGUAGCAAAUUAAACUAUCCAAAAAUGAAAAAUUGUAAAACCUUAGCAUUCUCGAAAAAUACAUACCGGCGGACGGUAAGAUCGAACCCGAUCUUACACAUUCCCCGACAGCAUAGGUUUUGCUUUAUGUUACAAGAAUGAAAGCCUGAGAUUGUAUA